GUCGGACACGUGUCCACAGCGUGUCCGACACGUGUCCGACACCCAAACAUUGCCUUAGGAGACGUGUCCGUGCUACAUAGAUCAUUAUUAUAAAAUGUUAUAGAGUUCUGACUGUUGGUUUUGGUCUUCCACUACAAGAAAAACAGAGUAUAGUGUCUUUUUUUUUACGGCGUUUUUCAAAAAUGUUGGGAAAUCUGCCCCGAUUUUUCAAAUUCCAAAAAAGGUAAACUAAACCAUCUUGUUUUGUGUGCCGGUUAUAAGAAAACAGUGAGUUAACACUGUGCCGUUGAAAUAAGAUUAUUAAAUUAUUUGUUAUUUCUUUUAAUUGUAGUUGUACUUGUAGGGAAUUCAAAUAAAUUAAAAACAAAAAAUUUUCUACUCUGAUCAACAGAUGCGCGACUUUAGGAAGAGAGAGAAAUCGAGUCUUGGAUCUUUGAGGCAUCAGACCUUUGAUCUCCAUCAGUUCUUCGGUUGUUUGAUUUGAAAAAUCUUGUUCUGCUCUUGAUUUGAACGUAUAUCUUCCAGAUUGUUCGAAUCCCUAUGAUCUAAAUCAAUCUAGGGCUCAAGGUUAGCGUUUUCAGGAGUGUAUAUCUUACAGAUUGUUCGAAUCCAUAUGAUCUAAAUCGGUCUAGGGCUCAAGGUUAGGGUUUUCUAAUAUGGAUUUGCUACAUUCACACUAGAUCUAUAAAAUUCCAUGGCUAAAACUAACGAUUUGGAAUUGUUUCUCUCGAUUUAGUUGAUUUCCAGCUUUUUUUGUUUUUGUUUUUGUCUUGUGUUUCUCUUUUCGUUUUUGCUCCUUUACUCUUUCUAGUCCUUGUAUGGAAAACUCUUCUCUUUCAUCAGAUUGAGCAGCAGCAAUGGCGAAUCGAUUUAUCUAGGGUUUCGAGUGCGGUGUUAGUGUCUCUGAUCAUGUACGGGAAAAGCAAUUGGCAUUGGAUGUGGAUCAUUGGAAACAGUGACUAGGAGCUCAACGAUGAAGAGAUAUAGAUCAUAGUUAUUCUUGUGGUUGAUUUUCACUGAACUUCGUUCUGAUUUCUAACAAGUAAUCCUUGCUCAAAAUCAUGAUUCCCUUCAGCUUCGUUUUGCGGGUGAUCUUCUAAUGGAGUUGGGUGCUGGGGUAGAGUUGGCAACUACAGCUGUGCCACACCUUUUUCUGCCUUUAGCUUGUGCUACCAAUUUGGCCAAGAAUGUUGGUGCUGUCACAUCAACCUCGACUCGCACUCCAAUAUACAAAGCCUUUCCCAAAGGUGAAAACAUUGGGGAUGCUGCUGCGAAGGGAGAAUGUGUUGGCAAUGUUGCCGAUCUGGGAGACAUCCUGGAAGAUCCAGCAAAGGAGCCAAACAAGGAUAUGUACAUGAUGACUAUUGGGCCAGAAGAUGCACCCAACCAACCUGAAUAUGUACAAAUUGGGAUGGUUUUAGGGCUUCCUGUUUCAGUCAAUGGAAAGGAAUUCUCCCCUGCAUAUCUGCUUUCUGAGCUGAAUGAAAUUGGUGGGCAUAUUAUUUUUUUUCUUUUCAAAAAUUUGACUAUGAUGAGUUUUAUUGAUUGCAUGGUGGAUCCAAGAACAUGCAUAAAUGUCACCCCGUGUAUUGUACAAUUGGGGAAAACCAUUUCAAAAGUAAGUCCUGGGUCAUCAAAUGCAUCUGGUUCUAGCUCAUCAAAAGAGCAGCAUAAUCAACAAUAUCCAGUGCCAGAGGUCAAACGCAGAAAGCGACAUCGGAGAAAGCAUUUUGAGAACCAAGAACCAUGUCUGAUGAGCGGUGUCUAUUUUAAGAAUAUGAAAUGGCAGGCAGCCAUAAAAGUUGACAAGAAACAAAUUCACUUGGGCACUGUUGGAUCUCAAGAAGCUGCUGCUCGUUUGUAUGACAGUUUAUGACCACAGAAAGAGUCCAGAAGUUGCUCUUAUUGUCAGAACUUGAUGCGAGUUUUGUUUGGAUAGAUGAGGGAAGCGAUUGGUGUUACCCUUUUUGUGUUGUGCUCAAACAUUCGGCUUCAUACAUCCUUCAGUGAUCAUCAUUCCGAUGGUGGUGACGAUUUCAAAAUUGAAGAGAGAAGUUGGGAUCAGUUUUUAACAGAACGUGCAUCUGAACUUGUCACAAAUAUUUGGAAUGUUAGCCAGUCUGACAAAAUGGAGAUCUCAACAGAUAAAGUCUUGACAAUGGGAUAGUAAAUGGCAAUUCUUAAGAUGAUGUGAAGUGGAUGGAAACGGAACAUUUUUAAAGAAUUCUGUUUAAUCAAGGCUUCCUUAUCUUCAACUGAAUUCUGAUGAUCUUCUCCUGUUCCUUAAUGUGUGCAGCUGUACCAUUUCAUUAUCUCAUCUUUGAAACCUUGCAGUCCAA